AUGUCUCUCAUUACUUUUGCUGAGGCCCUCUUUACCAGGGGAAGUAGUAGAUCGGCUGACUUUGUAUUUUCCAAGCCUCUGUCGCUGACUCUACGCGCCUCUGAAAGAUGGGCAGUCAUAGGAACUUCAAAGACUGACUUUCUGAAGGCUGUCAGUGGUGGGUUUCUAGUUUCACCUCCGAGGGCUAAACACCUCAAUUGGGCCAAACUUGGUGAUCCGAAUGGCGCUUUUGAGCAUCUGCACUUCAGGGACAAGAAUACUGCCGGGUCUGGAUUCACUCACAUGAGUGCUAGAUACGAGUUUUUCAAAGAUGUGGAGGUCGACGAAAGACUCGAAAAUUUCAUCUCUAGAGUCCCGUAUCCGAGGACUGAUUCCAUGGACUGGGAAAAGCUGGACUUUUUGCUGGAGAAAUUGCGCUUAGAGCAUUUGAAAGGGAAGUUUGUGAAUGCCCUGAGUAAUGGUCAAUUCAGGCGGGCCAAAAUCGCCAGAUCUGCUUAUGUGGACCCUAGGGUCUGGUUACUGGACGAUGUGUUUCUGGGACUUGAUCCUUCUGCUACCGAGACUGUUUCUUCGUUUUUGGCUGAUUAUACCAAGAAAAGGCCUGAGAGCCUGUUGAUUUUGGGUCAGAGGGUUCAGGAUGAGAUCCCGGAUUGGAUCACCAACAUUGCUUUGGUGGAUAAGUCGGGACUAAUCAAGGCAGGCACUAGAAAUGACCUUAUUGAUGAAGCAGUUGAGAUUAGAGAGCAACACCACCGCAAUCAGCAGCUUUUGAAGAAAGAAAGCUCGAAAUUUCAGCCCCUGGUCAAACCCCCAAGUUCUCCACAAGAUUCUGUGACCCUCAUCAAGUUUGAUAAUGUAUCUGUCAAAUAUGGUGAAAAGUCGGUUCUGAAUAAACUCAAAUGGGAGGUGAAAGACGGCGAGAAAUGGCACAUUAAAGGAAAGAAUGGUUCUGGAAAAACCACCAUGUUGGCACUGAUCACCUUGGACCAUCCCCAAUCCUGGAAUCUCAGCAUCGAGUUCCUGGGAAUACCCAGAGCAACAGGGUCUACGAACUUCUUCAAAACUAAUAAAGUUAUUGGAAUUACCUCACCUGAAUUGCACUCAAUAUUCCCUCAAUCCUUUACUCUCUACGAUACUCUCGCGUCUGGCUUUUCAGAGGGCUUUAUCCGAGUGCCUGCUGACCAGACCCCGGAGAUGAAAUCUCAGAUCGAGGCCUACCUGAAACACUUUGGACUAUGGGAUAAGAGGGACCAAUUAUUCAGAGAUUUCAGCAUCUCAGACCAAAAAUUGGCGCUUUUUCUCCGUGCCAUAGUAAAACAACCCAAAGUGCUCAUUCUGGACGAGGCCCUGAGUGCCAUGGAUGACGAUACAAUCAGCAAGUGCAAAGGACUCAUGGAAAACUGGAGCCAUGGGUGUGUCCUUUGCGUUGGGCAUAUUUCAGAGGAGGUAUUGCCAUGUGACAAGUACAUUGAACUGAUCAACGCUCCUGAAGGAGUGUUUGAGAUCGGAAGCACGUCGAAGCAGUAA